AAAAAAAAAAAAAGUGUGUUACUACCUCAGGGAAGAGUGAGACGGCGACACAGGCUUUAGUUCUGCUUCUCUGGGAACCCGUUCGGCAGAUAUUGCACAGUUGGAAAGGAAGAGCAUGGGGAAAAGGGAGCUCUCUCUCUCAUUUCUACUACUUUUUCAGGAUCCCUCCUCAAACUAGUAGUUCUCCAACUUUGGCUAAACCAAACUAACUCCACCUCUACACCCCAAACCCUCAUCUGCAAAUCCUGUUGCUUAGGAGUCUUGCACAUUUAUACUUAACUCCACGUGGGCUCCUUGGCUGCCCUCCAGUUCGGUUCCAAACCCUUUUUAAGGUUUUCCAAACUCCCACCUCCAAACCUGUCUCACAUUCCUGCCACACUUCGGUUUCUGCAUUUGUCCGCUCUUGUCCCAAGAUGCUUGCUUGGUUGGUAUUCCCUCCUUGUUGCCUUCCCACCCCUCCCGCCCUCCACCUUGCUCUACUUACCCCUCUAGUUUAAAAUGUCUUCAUAGGGAAAGAGAAGAUCAUUAUUUCCACGGACAGUUUCUGCAGCUCUACUCUUGAUCACAUCGCUGUUCCAUCAGAUGCAUACUGAUCAAUACCAUCAGAGUCAUUUUACUAAAUCAUCUUUUGGAUUAUGUCGUUCUAAGACAUCUGCAGUUGCCAUCUAUUGGUCACCCAGUGGAUUCUAAGUCCUUGGCAGGGCAUUAGGUGUCUUCCAUAGUCUGACGCUAAUCUAGCUGUAUUUUCCAGAACUGUACUAGAAAAGCCCCCCCUCCCCCCAAUCUGGGAUGUUUAUUUUUCUCUAACACAUUGCAUCUGUUGUACAUUAUUUGAUGAUAUUCUCUCUGCCUCAUUUCUAUAUCUCGAACCCUUUUUAGGCCACACUUACUUAGAUGACCACUUCUUGUGUUAUACCUUUCCUUAUUAUCACAGGCAAAAGUGAGCCAUUCUUUCCUCCUCUUUACUCUUACAGCUCAUAUUUUGUACUAGUGGCGUCAUUCAACAGUCAAUAUGUUGAAUUGUGUGCCUAAUAUGUGCUUGACACUGUUCUAAAUGUGGGGUAAUCAGUGAUAAAUAAGAGAGACAUCACAGAACUAACAUUUUAUUGAAACAAUGUAAAUGACAAAGAAAAUAUUAAAUAAAAAAGCUAUAAAGACAGUUAAAAUAAGGCUUCGUGAAGAGAGUGUGCUAGUUUCUUUAGAUUACUCGUCAGGGAAGACCCCUCUGAGGAUCUGAUUACUAAAAGGUGCAGCUAUAUAAUUGGAGAAGGGACAAUUUCAGCUGCAGAAACAGUUAGUUUAAAGGAACUGAAGAAGGCCAGUAUAGCUGGAGUGUAAUGGAUAAUGGGGAAAGGGUACAAGAUGCUUUUGGAGAAUAGACAGGGUCCAGAAUCAUAGUCUUUGAAAACCAGGGUAAGGAAUUUGUAUUUUAUUAAUACAUGUGAAUGGAGUGUUUUAAGCAGGGUUCUGAUAUGAUUUAAUUUACCUUUAAAAGUACCAGUCUGGCUGCUUUGUGGAGCAUGGACUAGAGUGAGUCAGUAGUAGAAGCAGUGAUUAGAGACCUUCACAAUGUCUAAGAUUUUCCGGAAGGGACGUAUUAAGUAGGGCUGAUGGAAAGAUAGCAGGGGUGAUCAGAGAACUAGAUACUUAAAGUGCAAGUUUUGUAGGUUGCAGUUUAUGGAAAUGAGAAGGUGUGACCACAGAAGGGGAUGACAGAUGAAAUUGACUUGGGAGAUUGAGGAACUGAGGGACAAUGAUAUUGAAUGAAAGAUGCAUGUGGAUGAUCAUGGAAGUCGUGCUGGAUGUGAAGAUAGUAAGCCAGGUGUUAAAGUCAUCAGUGAAUGAAGAGGAGUCCUCGGGAUUAGAGUGAAGAUGACAGCAGAUGGUAAAGCCUGAUGGCAUGAACUUCAGAGGCACUGGGAAGUUUGAAAGUAGAGGAGGAAGAAAUAGUUUGGAAGGAGCAGUGGGAAAUGGAAAAUAUUUAUGACCUCCAGACCUAAGGCACGUGGUGUGUGAAAGGAAAAAUAGCCUUUGCUUGAGAGGACUGCAGAAGUAGUAGUCUGGGGAAGCAGCCAGGUUUCAAUUAGAGCAAGAAACUGAAGGGGAUGCUGGAAUUAAGGAAUUAAGUAAAUAUCCUUGUAUAUUCCCUGGGAAAUUAGGAUAUAGAAAAUUUGCUGUAAUUUCUACAUGGCACAAUGGAAAGAAUUGAGAAGAGGAGGCUGGUAAAUUGUUUCGGAUUAGUAGAAUAUGUUGUAUAAGUGGGGAUGAAGGCCCUGAUGAUGAUAAAUUUCCUAGAAUGUGUGGGUUUCUGAUGAUCUGACUGGUAUGGGGUCUCUGGGAAACUGACCUUUAUCAUAGCUCCAUGUGGUAUGGUAGCCGUGGGUUGUUUGAUGAGUGAGUAGUCUUCCUCAGAGGACUAUUCUUUUGUGUACUGCUCCCACAAAGCUCUAUAAGGGUCUCCUUUUCUCUGAUGGCAAAGAUAAUGAUGGUUGGAGAUCUCCUUGGGAUCAACUUCAAAAGUUCGUGUCUGUCCUAAUGGGGGCUUUAGAGAAGGCUUAAGGCCCGGGACUAAAUUAAGUCUACCUUAAAGCAGUAUCAAAUUGCAAGUUGGUGUUUAGAAUUACAUUACUAUGUCAGUUUAGACUACUUCUUUCUAUCUUCUUCUUGUCUCCUGUCCCUGCACCCUUAGCAUAUGAAACUCUAGUCCUAAGUUCUCUGAAAUUAAUGAAAUUUUCAACUCUACAGAUGGGGUUUGGACAAAUCAUUGUAAACAGUCCUAUGUUCUAGUCUAUUUUUUGUGGUCCUACAAAUACUAUUUUUAAGACAUUAUUAUGUAAGAAUGGAAGAGGAUACAGAUUAUAGAAACAGAUUCAGUUCUUUGUGUUAUAUUACUGAUCAUGCUGGAUUUCGUGGCACUAUAAAAAGCUCACCAAGGGACUUCGUUGUUACUGAGAUUGAUGAGCGGGGACAGUUAGUUAAUAAAGCCAGUGAUGAACUUCUGUACGAGAUUAAUAACAUACUACCUGAGCCAAAUAAUUAUGCCAAAAAACCAAAACUAGACCUUCACAAUUUAUCCUUUGAAGGUGGGCGUAACCAAGAACUUGGUACUUUAGCUAGGUGUUCCGAUGGUGACCAAAAUCAUCAGUCUAGUUCAGAAAAUGAAGAUAUGAUCAAUGAUGGAGCUUCCAAAUGUGAAGAAGAAAAAGCUGAUAUAUUAGGCUCCUUAUUAGAUGAAAAAACUAAUGAAUUACUGAAUCAGUUUGCUUGUGAUGUAAAAGAGACGUGGAAUUCUAAAAUUGAGCUAGUGGGACCAUCUCCUGAAUUCUCGUUAGGCAGAAUCCUUGACAAAAACCAGCGGGCCAGUUUACAUAGUGCUGUUCGGCAGAAAUUUCCUUAUUUAAUAACUGUAGGAAAAAACAGCGAAAUUGUUGUAAAACCAAAUCUUGAGUAUAAAGAACUCUGUCACUUGGUGUCUGAUGAAGAAGCAUUUGACUUUUUUAAGUAUUUGGAUGCAAAGAAAGAAAAUUCCAAAUUUACCUUUAAACCGGAUGCAAACAAAGACCACAGAAAAGCUGUCCAUCAUUUUGUCAACAAGAAGUUUGGAAGCCUUGUGGAAACCAAAUCCUUUUCAGAACUGAAUCACAGUGCUGAUAAUCCAAAUGUAGUGAUAACAGUAAAGUUUCGGGAAAAAGCACACAAGCACAGGAAAAGGUCUCAUCUUGAAUGCCAGGAAAGAAAAGUCAUAUAUACAGCUUUCACCCUGCGAAAGGAGAAUCUGGAAAUGUUUGAGGCAGUUGGCUUUUUAGCUAUCCAACUUGGUGUGAUUCCUUCAGAUUUCAGUUAUGCAGGCCUUAAAGACAAGAAAGCCAUCACCUAUCAAGCAAUGGUUGUUAGAAAAGUGACUCCAGAGAGGUUAAAAAAUAUUGAAAAAGAAAUUGAAAAGAAAAGAAUGAAUGUGUUUAAUAUUCGAUCUGUAGAUGAAUCCCUUAGACUUGGUCAGCUGAAAGGAAAUCACUUUGAUAUUAUUAUCAGAAAUUUAAAAAAACAAAUCAAUGAUUCUGCACAUCUGAAAGAGAGAAUUUUGGAGGCAAUAGAAACUGUUAAGAUUAAAGGUUUUGUGAAUUACUAUGGACCUCAGAGAUUUGGGAAGGGAAGGAAGGUUCAUACAGACCAAAUUGGAUUGGCUUUGCUGAAGAGUGAAAUGGUGAAGGCUGUAAAAUUAUUUCUUAUGCCAGAAGAUGUGGAUGAUCCUGUAAAUACAGCAAAGAAAUAUUUCCUUCAAACUGAGGAUGCUAAAGGCACACGCUCACUGAUGCCUGAAUUCAAAGUUCGGGAGAGAGCAAUGUUGGAGUCAUUGCAUCGCUUUGGCAUGACAGAGGAAGGCUGUAUCCAGGCGUGGUUCUCUUUCCCCCAUUCUAUGCGCAUAUUCUACAUUCAUGCCUAUAGCAGCAAAAUUUGGAAUGAGGCAGUAUCUUACAGACUUGCAACCUAUGGAUCAAGAGUAGUGGAGGGCGAUUUGGUCUGUUUGGAUGGAGAUUUCAGUGAUGAGCAUUCCCCAAAUAGUAAAGUUCAUGUAGUAACCGAAGAGGAGGAAUCAGCUAACACAUACACAAUGCAUCAGGUGGUUCUUCCAAUACUUGGAUACAAUAUUCAGUACCCAAAGAACAAAGUAGGGCAAUGGUACCGUGAAAUACUUAGCAGAGAUGGACUGCAGACAUGUAGGUUUAAAGUACCUGCUCUGAAAUUGAAUGUUCCAGGAUGCUAUAGACAGAUAUUGAAAUACCCUCAUAAUCUUUCAUACCAGCUAAUAGAAGGGCAUGAUACUGAUGUCAAAACAGAAGAUUCUUGUAUCACUGAAGCAGGUUUAUCUCUUUUGAUCUCUUUUGAUCUUGACCCUUCAUGUUAUGCUACAGUUUGUCUGAGGGAAAUAAUGAAGCAUGAUGUUUAAAACCAACACCCUUUAUAUGAUUAUAUAUAUGUUACUCUUUGAAGAAAAGGAAGCAAAAAUUGCUUGAGCAUCUACCAUGUGCUAGAAGCUUUAGAAUUGUUAUCUCCGUCACAACAUCUUGAUGAAUUAGUAAUUUGAUGCUGUACUAUUCCAGAGGAGUCUAGCUAGUUAAAUGGCAGUAUCUGGAUUUAAACUCAGAUCUGCCUGACUCAAAAGCCUGUGUUCUAUCAUGUCAUGCUUAGUAACCUUUACUCUGUGUCAAAAUCUACAAGAGUUUUAGACUAUUAACAUACAGUACCUCAAGAUAACAUUUAAGAAAAAAAAAUUUUUAAGUAAUGGUUAUAUCUUCUAGCUCCUUGCUUAAAAUACAGGUGAAAUUAGGUUACAAUAAAAGCAUAUGGUUGAAGAGAAAGAAAGAUGAAACAUAUUGUUAUUUAUUAUUGUCCCCCUUAGAAAAAUACACAAGGGAAAUAUCAUCCCCCACUAAUGAUAGCUACCCCAGGUAGUCAUUACUCCUUGGUGAGAUAAACAGUCUUUGAUGAAGAUAUUGAAAUCAGUUUUUCAUGUAAUUUCCAUAUCUUGACAUACAUUGGCUUUCUUAACUUUUUGUCUUUUUCUUUUUUCCUGUUAUCUAAAACACAUAUUUUAGAGUUGACACCCAUGGUCUCUGGCUCCAGUUCUGACACUUACUAGUGACUUUGGGUAUGUUAUUGAUUCUAAGGCUCACGUAUAAUAGGACCAAGAAAAUACCAACCUCACAGGCAGCAAAUAAUAGGAUUAUCUCUACCUUUUAUAUUGCUAGAAGGAGAAAAUAUUUUGCUCAUUUGAAAAUUUUAAUUUGAUUUGGGUUAACUAUCCCACAUCAUAAAUCAUCAUUCUUAACCAUUUUAUACCAGUUAAAUUUGGAGGCAAAAAAGACUGGUAGGUAUUGAUUGGGAAAAUCUGAGCAUUCUUUCAUUGCUGGCAACAUUAUAUAACGAUAAAAUUUAAAAACCAGUGUAGAGUAUUACAUGUCAGUAACCUGGGAUUUUUAUAUAUUUAAGUCAGUCCAAUCACUGGGGGGAUAUUAGCACAAGGAAAAAAAUGAUAUAUGCAAUACAAAUUUUGCUUAUUGAAGCAUUUUUAUAUAUAAUGAAAGCAGAAGUAGUUUCAAAGGUCAGCAUUAAAUAAUGUAUGUUAUUUGAUUUCUGGAAAAACAUGUAGCUAUUAAAAAUGGCAAUGAAGAUUUUAAUUAUGUGAUAGAAGAAAAGAUAGAAUCAACACUAGAGGCCCUAAUACACAGCAUUAACAGGAUACAAACCAAACCAACAAUACACAAGCUCAUCUGGGAUCUUCUAAAAAUUAAACACUUAUGCUCAUCAAAAGACUUCACCAAAAGAGUAAAAAGAGAAUAUACAGACGGGGAAGAAAUUUUUGGCUGUUAUAAAUCAGACAAAGGUCAAAUCUCUAAAAUCUAAAAGAAAAUCUAACACCUCUACAACAAAAAUACAAAUAAUCCAAUUAAAAAAUGGGCAAAGGAAAUGAACAGACCCUUCACCAAAGAAGACAUUCAAGCGACCAACAAACAAAUGAGGAAAUGCUCAUGAUCUCUAGCCAUUAGAGAAAUGCAAAUCAAAACCACAAUGAGAUACCAUCUCAUCCCAGCAUCACUGGCACGAAUCAUAAAACAGAAAAUAACAAAUGUUGGAGAGGCUGCAGGGAAAUCAGAACUCUUAUACACUGCUGGUGGGAAUGCAAAACGAUACAACCAUUUUGGAAAAUGAUAUGGUGUUUCCUUAGCUACAAAUAGAAAUACCAUAUAAUCCAGCUAUCCCACUCCUAGGAGUAUAUCCUAGAGAAAUAAGAGCCAUCACACGAAUAGAUUUAUGUACACCCAUGUUCACUGCAGUAUUGUUCACAAUAGCACAAAGAUAGAAACAACCCCGAUGCCAUCAACAAAUGAAUGGAUAAACUGUGGUACAUACACACAAUGAUGAAUCUGUGAAGCAUCUCAUACACGGAUGCAUCUGGAGGACAUUAGGCUGAGUGAAAUAAGCCAACCACAAAAGGACAAAUCUUACAUGAGACCACUACUGUAAAUACUCAUGAAAAGGUUUACGUACAAAAAGAAACAAUCUUUGAUGGUUACUAGAGAGGGGAGGGGUGGGGAUGGAAAAACACUUGAUAGACAACAGGUAAGUGGUAACUUCAGUGAAGGGUAAGACAGUACACAAUACUGGGGAAGCCAGCACAACCUGUACAAGGCAAGGUCAUAGUAGCUCAAUAAACACACCCAGACUCCCUGAGGGUCGGAAUUGCUAGGCUGAGGGCUGUGGGGACCAUGGUCUCGGGGAACAUCUGGCUCAGUUGGCAUAACAUAGUUUAUAAAGAAAAUGUUCUACGUUCUACUUUGGUGAGUAGCAUCUGGGGUCUUAAAAGCCCGUGAGUGGCCAUCUAGGAUACUCCACUGGUCUCACCUCUUCAGGAGCAAGGAAGAAUGAAGAAAACUGAAGACACAAUGGAAAGAUUAGUCCAAAGGACUAACGGACCACAUCUACCACAGCCUCCAGCAGACUGAGCCCAGUACAACUAGAUGGUGCCUGGCUACUACCACUGACUGCUCUGACAGGGAUCACAGUAGAGGGUCCUGGACAGAGCUGGAGAAAAAUGUAGAACAAGAUUGUAACUCAAAAAGAAAGACCAGAAUUGCUGGCCUGACAGAGACUGGAGAAACGCUGAGAGUAUGGCCCCUGGAGACCCUUUCAGCGCAGUAACAAAGUCACUCCUGAGGUUCACCCUUCAGCCAAAGAUUGAACAGGCCCACAAAACAAAACAAGACUAAAGGGGUGCACCAUCCCUGGGGCAGGGACUAGAAGGUAGGAGGGAACAGGAAAGCUGGUAAUAGGGAACCCAGAGUUGAGAAGGGAGAGUGUUGACAUGUUGUGGGGUUGUUAACCGAUGUCAUACAACAAUGUGUGUACUGUUUGAUGAGAAACUAGUUUGUUCUGUAAACCUUCAUCUAAAGUUCAAUUAAAAAAAAAAAAUUUUAAUUAUGUGAGAAAAUGCCCUCCUAAAGAAUAUAUGUAUAUAUGUAUAUAUUGUUGUUGUUAGGUGCUGUUGAGUUGGUUCCGACUCAUAGCAACCCUAUGUACAACUGAACGAAACACUGCCCAGUCCUGCGCCAUCCUCACGGUUGUUGCUAUGUUUGAGCCCAUUGUUGCAGUCACUGUGUCAUUCCAUCUCAUUGAGGGUCUUCCUCUUUUUGCUAACCCUCUACUAAGCAUGUUUCAUAUAUGUGUAUGUGUGUGUGUGUGUGUAGUAUAUACACUGAAUGCAGCUUUUACAAACGGGGACAGUUUAGCAUAGUGAUUAAAAGCAUGGGUGUUGGAGAUAAAUUUCCCCUGUUUGAGCUCUGACUCUGCCACUUUUAUCAGUGUGACCUUGAACAAGAUAUUUAAGCUUUGUAUGCUUCUGUGUCAACAUCUAUAAGAUGAGGAUGGUAAUAUUCCUUAUUGGAGUAUUGUGAAGAUUUGAUGAGUUAAUAUAUGUAAAGCAGCAUAGAAAAGUGUCUGGCACUUAGUUAUUGUUAAGCAAGUUUGCAGAUGACAAGUUUGAAGGGAACAGGAAAAAAUGACAAUGCCAUUCUGUUAAGAUGAUGGGUGUUUGGAUUUUUGUAAAUAAUAAAAAGUUCCUUUUUUGUCAUUAUAUAUUUUUAACAAUAAAUAAAUCUCAGGACACAAAAAUUAGGGAUUAUACCAUGGAUCAUUUAAAAAUUACCUUAAAUUAAGCAUUAAAAAUAAUUUUGAUGUUAAUUGAAAAUUAAAUAUGCUAUAUUAAGUAAUUAAAAAUAAAUUAGAAAAAAGUUUUAACUUUAUUUAAUGUGAUAAAUCAUCUCCUAUAAAUGCAAUUAUAAAAUGAGUUAUAUAAACUAUGAAAAACUUCUGUUUUUAACUGUUGAGUAGUAGUUAGAAAAUAUGAAAGCAUUAAAAUGUGCUGUCAUUGAUACUGUUCUUAUUACCUGUAGAUGGCACUAUAAUUUUAGGGAUCUCAUAUAUGUACACAUAUUUGUGUAUUUAGUAAAUACUAGAGAAAGGAUCAUUAAACAUAUUUUGAGUCACCGUAAAACAUUCAAAUAUUGUUGAUACGGAAAAUUAUUUUAUAUACCAAUACUAUUUGCCAUGUUAUUAGCUUUUAAGUUUAAGGACUUUUAUAUACUUUGGACCAAGUGAGGGCUGGUCACCUUGGCUUUUGCAUUUUUGGGGGGUCAUGCCAGGCCUUCAAAAGGAUGAUCUCUGGAUUCGUUUUAAUUGUCAAAAUUGUGUUUGAACUGAGCAAUAUUACCCCGGGAUCAGUAAGAUAAAAAAAAUUUAGAGGGUUUUUUAUUAAGAUAAAAACACCUGGGCUUUUUGUGAGUUGUAAUAGACUGAAAGUCAUAUGUAAGUUUUGAUUCCAUUAACAUUUAUUGAGUGUCUCUUAUGCCAAGCACUUUGACUUGUCUCAUGUUAAUCCCCACACAGGCACCCCGUAGUAGGUACUAUUUUAUCUGUUUUUGUAGAUGAGAAACAUCAGAGUGGUUUCCUGACCUAUUCAAGGUCAAACAGUAUGUGUUUGAACUUAGUUAUGCUUCCUAGAUUUUCAUGCACCUAAUAUUUCCCUUCUGAAUACAAGUUUUUGGUAGAAUAUAAUUUCUGUCAACUUGCCGUUCAUCAAUGUGCAUUUUACUGAAGCAAGUCUUGAGAGAAACAGGAUUGCUUUUGAGAUUAUGAGACCAAAUCAAAAGUAAAGGGUCUUUUCCAGGAAAUUCCCAAAUUAUUUUGGAAUAUUUCCCAAAAUAUUUUGGGAUUUGUAUCACAAUGAUAUGUAAAAUCAUAGGUCAUAGGUUAUUUUAGAUAGUAUAUGGCAUAAUAUUAAAUAUCAUUGAAAAAGCAUAGUGAGUUCAGUCCUCUUAUUUUGUUUAAGACAAUGAGGAAGUUGUUUGAUGUUAGUUUACAUCAUCACUAAUACUUGUAGAUUUACUUUUUAACAGAAAGUGCAGGCCUUGGGCUAAGAAAUACCAGCAGGCAUUUUGCCUGGAGUUUAAUAAGAUUGCUUUCAUUUAUUAAAUUUAUUUUUUAAGUUACCUUUUAUUUAUGGCAAAUAAUCCUGGUUUUCGUUUACGGGGUGACAUCCCAAAACCCCCAGUGACGGGGUGACGUGUUUCCUUUAAAAAUAAAUUUAAAAAAAGGAGGAAUCAAUUCGAAGAUAUUAAGUAAAUACUAUAGAAUCCUGGUGGCGUAGCGGUUAAGUGCUACGGCUGCUAAUCAAAAGGUCGGCAGUUCGAAUCUGCCAGGCAGUGUUUGGAAACUCUACAGGGCAGUUCUGCUCUGUCCUAUAGGGUCGCUAUAAGUCCGAAUCGACUCAAUGGCAGUGGGUUUGGUUUUCUUUGGUUUAGGAGCCCUAGUGGUGCAGUGGUUAAGCGCUUGGCUGCUAACUGAAAGGUCGGUGGUUUGAGCCCACCAGCGCUCUGUGGGAGAUAGACUGGCAGUCAGCUGUAAAGAUUACAGCCUUGGAAACCCCAUGGGGCAGUUCUACUCUGUCCUCUGUACAGUCACUAUGAACCGGAAUCUACUAUCCAGCAACAGUUUUUUUUAAGUAAAUACUAGUGUAGAUAGGGUAGUAAUUAAGACAGCAGUGCAUGCAUGAUUGAAGUUUGGGAAAUACUAGUGUAGUAGAAAAACCCUCAACUCACAGAGAGGCUCUACCACUGACUGUGUGUGUGACUUCAGUAACCCACUGAAUUUCUGUCAUGGUAUUCUCAGGUUUGAAAUAAUAUUGACCAUUUUUCCAGUCCAGACAGUAUUACAUCGGUUAAAAUAAUGAAGAAUAUACAAAUUCAAGAUCUUAUGAACAGAGGUACUGAUGACCAAAUGACUUAUGUUAAAAUUUCAUUGAUAGGGACUUUUAUUUUUUUAUUAUUCUUAUUUUUUUUGAAAAUCCUAUAAAACAGAACAGUGUGUUACCUAGUAAAUUCUCAAUAAAUGUCAGCUAGUGUUAUUGUAGUUCAUAUUAUUUGAAAGUGCUCUCUGGUGAAAGUUUCACAAUCGAAUGGUUAAUGGCUUUCCCUUCAGCUCUGAUCUGUUUUAGCAUGAAGCAAAAUAAUUCAGGAUACUUUCAGAUUUUUUUUCCUAAGUGGAAAUAACUAUUACUAAAUCUGGAGAUUCAGAAGUUUGUGCAAAUUAGUAUCUUUUAGAACUACCUAGGUCAGUGUUCUCCAAUAUUUUCUACUUGGGAACUACUAUUAGGAUACCCAAAAGAAAAUGAAGCUCUAUCUGUAUACCUUAAUGCAAAGGUUUCUUGCCUUAAUAUAAGGGUAGGAAAAGAGGUUGGGUGAAAAUAUGGGGAAGGGAGGAAAAUAAGACUGUUUUUUCCCUCUGUUCACUUCUCAAAUGUUUGAUUUUUUUUUAACAAAAAUAUGUGUAUUCAUUUUGUAAAUAAAAAUCUUCAAGAUGUUUUAAGAUUUGUAGAGGAUAAGAUAGGGGAAUUGAUGGAUUAGGAUUGCAUUUGUUCAGAAUGGUUCUGGGGGUUCAUGUCAACAUAAUGUCAGAGGAAUUUAUGCAUUGUAUAUUUUAAUAGCACCAAUGGCAGUUAAUACAAAUAGUUGGAAGUUUAGUAUCUGUGCUAUGUAUUUUACUUCCGAAUUUCAGGAAGAUUCUGUCAUAUGGUACUAUUUUAAUCUUUUUUUCUAAGCCCUUCAGUAGGCUACAAAGCAAUGUCAUAUAUAUGGCGUAAUAACAAAUGUAGUCAAGUGACCCUAAGUUAGAGGCACGCUACGAGAUGCUAUGUGAAAGACAGAAAUAAAUGAUAUCCCUGCCUCUGAAUGGUUAGCAGAGGUUAUAUGCUUUAAGAUAUAAUUUGAUUUGAAAUGCCAUCUGCACAAAACCUCGGGAGACUAAAUGGCAGAGAGAAAAAAGGCAGCAUCUUUCCUUUUCACUUAUGCCUCACUAUAUGAUCAAUAAUAUGUUACUUGACCUCUCAGCACCCCAUUUUGAAUCCUUAAAUGAUACUUCUAUUAGCAUUUCUAAGCAUUUGAGUUACCCCUUAAAAUACGCUUUGAACUAUUCAGACUAAAUGCUGCUUUCUAGAAAGCUGCUAGUUUAAAGAAUAGGAAAUGGUGUUAAUGGAGUUAAUCUUGUGUAAUUUCAGUGUGGGUUGUCGGGAAUACCUCUGAGUAAAGAAAAUGACUCUAAUCUUAAGCAAUUCAUUUUUCAGCAACUUUGAGGCAGGAGCUAAUUUACUCCGCCUGUGUUCACAAGCCCUCUCUUAUUAAAGAAAAGCUUUACUUAUGGGAAGAAGUCAGGACAGCCAUGAAAUUAUCUAAAUUUAAACAUAUUGGAAAAUAUUACAAAAUAGAUAAGAUUAAAUUGCUUUUUCUAAGUUUCCUUAAUAAAUAUCCAAUCCAACUACCAGUGUAGGUAUAAAACCUCUAUUACAAGGAGGGAACUGAGUAAUGAAGUUAAAAAAAAGAGGUAUUUGGUUGUUUUUAAACAGAAGAGAUCAAAGAGCUGGUCACUCCUUAACUGAAGGUGUUUGGGCAGUAGAGGGGGUAGCUGCUGCAGUGGGGUAGGGACUUGUCUUAGGUUGGGUUCUCUAAAUAAGCAAAACUAGUGAAGUAUACAUGUAUAUGUGUAUAUAUACAUACAUAUAUAAAGAGAGAGAGAGUUAUCUCAAGGAAAUGGAUCACGUGGUUGUGGAGGCUGGCAAGUUCCAAAGUCUGUGGGUCAGGUGUCAACUGGAGGCUUCUCCUGACUCAUGUGAUUCCAGGGGCUGAUGGGCCUGGAAUCGGUAGGCAGAUAGCAGGCUGCUGGCUCACAGGGCUGCAGAGCUGGUGAAACCCAAAGUCGGCAGGUCAGAUGACAAGCUGCUGGCUCAAGGCCCAAGAACUGGAGAUCAGAUGAUGACAACCAGAAACAGGAUUCAGGGCAAGCAAGUGUGUUUUUCCAGAAUGUCUAUAUGUAUAUAUGGUGCAGGCCAUAACUGAGGAAACUCCCCUUACAACUGAUGGGCUGAUUACUUCAUGGAGGUGAUUACAUUAUGGUACUUAUAGAAGACUACAAAAUGGAGGAUAAUUACAUCAGAUUACAAAAUGGAGAAUAAUUACUUAAUACUGAGACUCAUGCCCUAGUCAAGUUGACAUAUAACAUUAACCAUCACAGGACUUAAUUCUUUAUGCUUUUAUUCCAAGUCACCCUUUUCUGAUAAGACUUAUUGGCAUUUUCUUAGACUGGUUAAGUCAGAAUUCUGAAUUUUUCACUGACAACAGGUUUUUUUUUUUUUUAAGUAACUGUGUACUUUUAUUUUUUAUUUUGGUUGUACAUAAACAGUCUCAGCAACUACUCUUUUUUUGUUGUAAAUAUAUCUAUAACACUUUUGUCAAUUCAGCUUUUUAUAGGUGUACAACUUAUUGACAGCAAUUACAAUAAUGGGCUGUGCAACCCUACCCUUAGCUGAUUAUUGUUUCCAAGCCCAAUCCUCUGAUCAGAAAGGACUAGUUUCUUUUCUGAAAAGGGAAGAUGAAGAUUCUUCCUAUAAAUUACCUUUAUAAUUUCCUUAGAUUAUAAUAAAAUUGAUAUUUUAAAUAUGAUUUUCAAAAAGAAACAAAAUGUAUUUUUUCCAUGAAAUAUCAUAAGGGAAUCUAAUAUGUUUUGAUGCUGUAUAAAUAAUAAUAAAGCAAUUUUCGCAUUUAGGAGCCAAUAGCAAAUCUGGGAAGCAGUUAUUCUAAAUUCAAGGAGCAUUCUCCUGACGCUUUGAAAGAAAAAAAUAGUGAAGCAUUUGAUUACUGUGUUUAUGUUCAUAUCUUCUCCCAUCUUGAUUAUUGUAAUAAUUUUCUAUUUGAGUGGCCUCCGUUCUUCGCUCUGCCAAUCCAUCUUAUAUACUAAGGUUAGUUAUCCUUCUAAAAAUAGAAAUCUGAUCCUGACAUUGUUUUUAGGCUGUAUAACAUUUGGGUGGCUUCUCAGUAUCUAUGGAAUUGAAGCUUAAACUCAGCAAAGCACGCGUAGACCUGCACAGUAUGAUCCCAGUUUUUCUUUCAAGUGUUAUUUGCCACUUUUCCACAGAACAUAUCCUUUCCUUCAGCUCUGUUUGCUCUUUCCCAAAUACAGCAAAUUUUCCCAUGUUAUGCAUAAAACCCCUGAAACCAAACCCGUUGCCCUCAAGUCG